CCCACGAAUACGACGAAGCACUUAAGCCUAAUAAUAGAGAUGAACGUAUUUUCCUUGAUCUAUAAGCUCUUUGAUUUGAUCUUCUGGGAAAAUAAGUAUUAAAUCAUUUAAUUAAACAAAGGAAACUUAACUGUAAAAAAAGUUAAUUGAAAUCAGGAUGGAAAUGCAACCCAACAAAAAACAGAGAAGAAUUCAAUUCCCUCUUCGCCUUUCCUGUUUUCACUCCCUAUCAAACCCACCCCUCUUGUCUCUUCCCUCUGUGUAGACUUGAGAAUUAAUUGGAUGUAAGGAUAUAUUUAAUCAAUCACACGAAACCCAUAUUGGAUUUUCUCCUUUUGAUAAUCAUGGCCUAAUGGGAUUCUCUUUUUGAGCGAAUCGAACGCACAUACGGAGAAAAACAAGAGAAUCCCUGGAAAAUUGCCAACCAUGGAAGAUUCAAGUGAAGUUCACUCUGAAGAAAAUGGAGUAUCUCCAGAAAAGAAUACCAAAAGGAUACUCAAGACGCCAGCCCAGAUUAUGGCUUUGGAGAAAUUUUAUAAUGAGCACAAUUAUCCCACAGAGGAAAUGAAAUCAGAACUUGCAAAGCAGAUAAGGUUGACAGAAAAACAAAUAUCUAGUUGGUUCUGCCACAGAAGGUUGAAAGACAAAAGAUUGUCAAAGGAUGAAACAUUUGACAGAAGACUGUCAAAGGAUGAUGCAUGUGCUAAUGGUCGACAGGAUUGGUCUAGUGGCCUUAUUCAGGAUCGUGGGAGUGGUUUAUGGCAAGAUUCUUGUGGCAGCACUAAACAAGGUGAUUAUAGGAAAGUUGAUCCAAAGGAAGUUGAAAGUCACAGACUUUAUGGCCACAGUCUUCCUGCUGCUGAUGUCAACUACGAUCGUACGAGUCGAUACACAGGGAAUGUUAAUGGCGUGGAUGAUACAUCCUCGGAGAGUAGCUCAUCUUUGCAGGAUAAGUUAUUUUCUCAAAGUGAAGAUCCUCAUGAUGUCAAAACUUCUAGCUACAUAACACAGAAUGAAGCUAGCAGGCCAUCAAUUCCCAAGGGUGCCAAUAACAUGAGGUAUAAGCCAUCAGGCUAUUUGAAAGUGAAGGGUGAAAUUGAAAAUGCUGCCAUUACUGCUGUCAAAAGGCAAUUGGGCAAGCACUAUAGGGAGGAUGGUCCACCACUUGGUGUUGAAUUCCAGCCACUUCCUCCUGGAGCGUUUUCAUCCUCAAGUAGGGAUCCGGUCGAUGGAGCUUUCUGUGUUGGAGAUCUUGCCAGGAUUCAUUCUGCUGAUGUUUCUGGAGUUCGUAAGCAAUCAAGUAUCAGCAGUAGAUAUGAAGUAUAUAGUUCCAAGAUGAUUUCCCAGGAUUCAUAUAUGGAAGGGCCAAACUGUGACCUCAAUAAUGCAUCUGAUUCACAUGAGAAGAAAUCUCGCCACCAAUUAAAACAGAAAUCGACUUCUUGCAAAUUUUCCAAUUCUAACCCUGGUGGGAAGUCUGCCACGGAUAACUGUGAUGAUCUUGCUGCUGAAAUUUCUAUUCAUAGCAGCAAAAGAAAUUAUAAGUUGAGCUCUAAGCAUGGUGCUGAAGGCAUAAUACCAGAUACUGUUUCUAACCAUCAUCAUCCUGAUGGUGGUAAAGUUAUUAGUGAACAGACAGACCCUUGGUUGAAUGCCUAUGGCAAUGGCAGCCCUAACAUUGUCCAAAAGAAUGAUUGUAUGUCUAAGCCUUCAAAUUUGAUCCCUGGGUCCAGUAAAUCUCUUGAUGCACAGGAGAGAGUUCUAUCUACAAGGAUGACAAAGGAAAAGCUUUAUGGAGAAAAGAAGGGCACAAAAGAAUAUCAAGACCCAGUUAGAGUUACGAAGCGAUUCAGAGCUGAGUUUUCUCAAGAAUGCGUGGCAAAAGCAGCAUUUCCUAAUAUGCCCCGAAACACAAAUUCAAAUAAAGGGUUGAGGCAGGUGAAGAGAGAAGGGGGAUUGAAAUGCAAACGUGACCACACAUUACCGUAAUUCGACUAUUUUGGCAAAUGUGUAAGCUUGAGUAUCUAGAAACUAUAACCAUUGGCUCUGCUUUCAAUGAUGUUCAAAAAUUCAGAAUGUUCAACAGGCAAUAAGAGGUUACAGAGUCCUGGAAUUAUGCUCUACCUCUUCAUGAAUAAUUGUCUUAAUUAUAUUUGGUGCAUAGCACUUGUCAAUUUUAUUUCUAUGUCCAAACUGGCUGAUCAUGUAAGAAGAUUUGGUACUAUUCCUCCUGUUAGAUUGACAAAAUAUCUGACUACUAGACUCUAAUAUUUUAGCCUUGCAGAAAAUAUUCAUUAAAAAAGGACCAGAUUUAUAUGUUUGAAAUGGGAGAUUAUCAGACACUCCUUGUGAAUUGCACCUUCACUCACACACAUGGGAUCCAUCCCACAAUUCACAUGGUCCCCACAUGUAAAUGUUGCAAAGUGCAAGCAUUUGUAGAGAAGGGUGCAUUAUUUUUGUUUACUUACUCACACCAGUAUUGACUUCUGGAAAUGCAAGGUGUAACUGGUAAGUGUAUAGGGUGCAUUAUUUUGGUUGAGAUUGCCUUACGGGUCAUCAUUAUUUGAGUGUUUGGUUGUUGAUUGUCCUCAGUGAUGAGUUUAUCAUUCUUUCAUCAUUGAGUUGUUUUCAAAAUUAAAAAAAAAAAAAAGUCUUUUCGUCUCUGCUGCAUAGUGAUUUUUCAACUUGUCUUGUGCCUGAAAUUUUCAACUUAUUUUUCGAAUCUACCAAUACAUCCUUGGUUUGUGUAUUUCAUAGAUCUGCCAUGGAGAGGCCAUCCAGUUUCAGUGAGGAUGAAACUGCAAAAACCAAUUCUUCUGUGGAUUGAGGAGCUGAAAGAUGAUAGAUUGUAGAAAGGUAUAAUGGGUUCCUGAGAUCACCUUCCAUUUUCCCCAGACAAAGGUGCUAUAAUUUUGUACAUUUGAAAGAGGAUGUGUUUCAUAUGCUAAUAGGAAACCUCUUUAAGAACACUGGAGUGAAGUGUUUAGCUGACUGAGGCAACUAAUUGCUGCUGUCGGUUGUGUAUACGUUGUACAAAUUCUUUUUUAUUAUGCUUUCUGGAAGAAAAUGUACUCUGACGAAUUCUGAUUGUAAAUCUGAUCAAUUAACCUUGAUAGGUAGAAGGCAGUGAUGACAAAACAAUUAUGAAUCCAUUCUCAGCUUGUCUGUCGUUAUUUCAAUUAUAUAUUCUUUCAAUUGGCUA